AUGAGCGAGCACAAGAAGCUCGCGCGCCUCGUCGCCAGGGCGUUCUACCGCCACUCGUCCACCCGCGACAGGCUCGCGCGCGUGGGCAACGCAAAGUACGACAACUCGCGCACCGCCGAGGUUCUCAUCGACGCGCUCACGCGACGCGCGUGGGUGAAGGAGGACGAUCUGGCUCGCGCGGUGCUGCUGUCCUCGAAGCAGGUGCGCAAGGCGCUGCACUACCUCGAGGAGCAGCGCAUCGUGCGCAGGGCACACGUCAAGGAGAAGGACAAGGAGCGCGAGGAGCGAACGCGAGCGAGGGCCGAGGAGAACGGCGUGGAGGAAGCCAUCAUCGCCGAGCGCAUCCGCGCCAUCGAGAAGAAGAUCGUGACGUACGUGUGCCUGGACUACAGCCGCGUCGUCGACGCGGUGCAGCUCCGGCUCGCCGCCGCGCACGCGGACCUCAAGUACAGGGUGGAGAAAGGCCCAGUCAGCGUGCUGUACAAGUGCACGAGCGACGCGGAAGUUUGCGGCAAGCGGUACUCCAGCCUCGACGCCAUGCGGCUGCUCGAUCCGACCACCGGGCUGUUCACGUGCCAGGUGUGCAGAGGCGAGGUGGUCCAGCUGGGCGGCGGCGAAGACGGCGCGCCCCCGGAACCCAGGACCAAGGAGGGGAUGAAGGCGAUCCUCGCCAAGUUUGAGACCCAGACGGCGCCCGUGUUGAGACAGUUGGCCAAGGUUCGGGGACUCACGCCGCCCCAGUACGGCACGCUCAACGAGUGGACCAGGGCGAGGCGAAGAGCGUUUGCGAACGCGGCGGGCAACGGCGGCCAAGGGCUCGGAUCUAACGGCCAAGGGCUCGGAUCCGGCGGGGGAAUGGCCAUCAACGUCGAUAACCUCGAGGAUACCACCUUCGAGGUGACGCUGGGUCUCACCGAGGAGCAAGAGGCGGAGCUGGAAGCCGCUGCGAACCCGAAAAAGGCGCAACCCGAGUGGCUCAAGGGUUCGGUGUACGUCGACGACGAACAAACGGAGACGAACGAAGCGAACGACGACGAGACGAAGGAGGAGACGGAGGAGGACCGGUUGAAGAAAAACGAGGAGGCGAUCAAGGAGGAGUGGCUCAGGGCGUACCUCGAGGCGAUCAAGGGCGCGGGGGCGGCGCCUGGGGACGACGACGGAGCCGCCGCCGCGGAUGUCGUCGGCGGCGGCGGGGAGAUGGCGAAAUCGCACGCGUCCACGGAUGCGCUCGUCGACGCGGCCGUGGACAUGGCGGACGCCGCCGCGGACGACGAAGAGUGGGACGACGUCGAGGAGGACUGGGAGGACGCUUAGUCGGCGACUGAUCGGAACGACUAGCUAGUACGCGCCCCGGCUCAAUAAAUACCUUUGUGUAACAUAAAAA